GUUGUCUACAGUCUAGAUGUAGAUCUAGAUUAAUAAAUUAUAGAAUAAUAGAUAGAUCUAUUUAGAUCUAGGUCUAUAGGAGUCUGGAGUGACUAGCGUCUAGAGAAAAAAAGCAUUAUAUAUCUAGUUUACAUAGACUAGAUUUUAUAAAUAGUCUAGAUCAAAACUGAAGAUCUGGAUAAAAUCAUUUUAUAAAUGAGUUCGACGUUCAUAAUUUUAGGUACAGCAAUUUUGGCUGUUCUUCUGGCAGGAUAUUUUGCUCAGAUAUAUCUACCUCCACCAAAACCUAAAAUAGUCGGAAUAGAUCUAGGUACAACCUACUCAUGUAUAGGAAUGUAUCAUGCAGUGUCUGGCAAUGUGACUGUCUUAGUCACUCAAGAUGGACAUAAGUGUAUACCUAGUGUAGUAGCAAUAGUAGAUAAUGAAAUUUUAGUUGGCUACAGAGCUGUUGCGCAGGCAGAACAUAAUCCAUCCAAUACUUUAUAUGAUGCUAAGCGAUUUAUCGGAAAAACCUUUACAAAAGAACAACUUGCAGAAGCACAGAAACAAUAUCCAUUCAAAUUGAAAGCAGACCCAUCUGGUAUGGUUAGUUUUGCUGUUGUUGUGAAUGGUUCAGAAAGGCUAAUAACACCAGAAGAUGUUGGUGCCUACAUUAUUAAAGAGCUUAAAAUGGCAGCAGAAAAAAACCUUUCUGCUCCAGUUAAGAUGGUGGUCAUGUCUGCUCCUGCAGAGUUUGAUGAUUUGCAACGAAACUUUACAACUAAAGCUGGGGCUCUAGCAGGUGUUAAUGUCUUACGUGUGAUAAAUGAACCAACAGCAGCUGCCUUAGCCUAUGGGUUACAUAAAAAAUCUAACCUUCACAACGUCCUUGUUGUAGACUUGGGAGGUGGUACUCUUGAUGUGUCAUUACUUAAUGUUCAAGGAGGAAUGUUUCUCACACAGGGCAUGGCAGGCAACAAUCGCUUAGGUGGUCAAGACUUCAAUCAGAGAUUAAUGGAUUAUCUACGGUCUCUUAUCCAGUCCAGGUUCAAUCAAAUAUUGGAUGAUAAAGAAGACAUCCAGUCUUUACGGUUGCAUGUUGAAGAAAUCAAACUGAAUCUCACAUAUCACCCUCAGGUUGUCCUCUCUCUACCUCUUCAUUCUCUAGGAGGUCAACUGUUUACAGAAGUGGUGACUAGAGAACUCUUUGAAAAAUUAAAUUUUGAUUUGUUCCUCAAAGUUCUGGAGCCUAUAGACAAAGUAUUAGAAGCAACAGAGACGAGGAAAGAUGAGGUGGAUGAAAUAGUUUUAGUCGGAGGCUCCACCAGAAUUCCAAAAGUGAUUUCCUUAAUCAGCGAGCAUAUGAAUAAAAUUCCCAACACAUCCAUUGACCCAGAGCUUGCAGUAGUGACUGGUGUUAGCAUUCAGGCUGGUAUACUAGGAGGAAUGUGGCCAUUGACUGUAAGUGCAGUUGAGCUGCCAACCAGAGUCAACAAAAUUCAUGUUCAUUAAAGGAAAACAAACUGCUGUUGAAAAUGUUUUCACUGCUCUCUCUCUCUCUCUCUCUCUCUCUCUCAUUUAGUUGUCUGAUCUAAAUGUUGAGAUGGGUUGUUUUUUUUUUUUUUUUGCCUAUGAUAUUUAUGUUGAAUUAUGAUGUUAUAAUGAGCAUAUGAAGACCAUGUUGUAAUAACCAGGGUUGUCUCUUUUUUUAAACAAUCAAAUUAUUGUAUACUUUGAUAAUACACAAGUAGUCAUUAAUAUUUCUGAUAAUAUUCAAAUAAUCUAACUUUUUGGUCUAGAUAGAUCUUUUAUGAACUACUUACAUCAAAUAAAGGGACUGACUUUUUUUUUUUGUAGAAUAUUUAGAAACAGAGAAUCAAACAAUGAAAUGUUCAUCUAAUUAUAGCUGAAAAAUAUUUCCUUAAAUGUUCAUCUAAUUAUAGCUGAAAAAUAUUUCCUUAAAUGUUCAUCUAAUUAUAGCUGAAAAAUAUUUCCUUAAAUGUUCAUCUAAUUAUAGCUGAAAAAUAUUUCCUUAAAUGUUCAUCUAAUUAUAGCUGAAAAAUAUUUCCUUAAAUGUUCAUCUAAUUAUAGCUGAAAAAUAUUUCCUUAAAUGUUCAUCUAAUUAUAGCUGAAAAAUAUUUCCUUAAAUGUUCAUCUAAUUAUAGCUGAAAAAUAUUUCCUUACUACCUUUUGAACAAAAGUGUUCCAAAAAAAAAAAAUUAUUUUGUUGGUAUUUAUUUUUGUUUUCCUUGUAAUGAAGAUCACAUCAAAACAUUUGUUAUAAAGUCUAAACUUGUUUGGCUUUAAUUUAAGUUGGAGGCAAGUCAGUUAUUGGAGCCUAUGUGUAUAUUGGGUACUAGAGAGAGUUAUGUUUGAAAGAUAUUUAAAUUAAGUCUAGUAGAUUUCUGUGUGUGUGUGUGAGACUGAUUAUGUCUGUGGCAUUUUACGAUCUUUUCCCUUUGCAACUUCUAGGUCUGUACUUUCUUUUACAUGUCAGGAGACAAGGAAACUUGUACCGGGUAAUUAGCUCUCCAGUAACAUUGAUGAUGUCACAGCAGUUGAUGUUUUAGAAAAAUAUUUGUUUAUCUCAAAUGUGAAUGGAAUGGUUUCAAUCAAUAUUAAAUUUUGUUAAGAGGGUAUUCUUGAGAAAAGAGGGUUAGACAAUAUGAAGCAUCUAAAUUGCCAAUAAAAAUGUAACAUUAAACUUAAUACUAUAACUAUCCCUAAAUUUUAGUUCUGCAACUACCCAAUACAAAUACUAAGCAUAAGCAUCACCAAUAAAACAAUACCAGGAUAUUCUUGACAAAUGAAAAGUUUCUGGUAAUUCUCCAUAAUUCCUGUAUUUGUUUUAAUACUUUUGUUUUCUCCAAAUAUUUGUUACAUUCUAGUACUUUUAAUUCUAAAGAUAAAAUUAUUGUUGAUGUAACAAGUGUAAAUAUAUGAAACAGGUGCUGGUCAUUUUGUUUAUUUAUAUUCAUUAGUUUAUGUGUUAUAUUCUCACCUAUUUUGUUCAUUGGGCUGUGAUGGAUACAUGGUGUAAGGAAACUAUUUUGGAUAAAUGAGUUGCAGAAACACAUUACUUAAUCCUCCUGUUAUGUCAGUUCUUUAUUUUUUUCCCAGCUGAAUCUUGAGAGAGGCUGGAGCAUUUAGUUUAAUUUUGAACUUUCUUUGUAGAUGAACUGACUAAAUCAACUUUGAUGUUAAGGCUGAUUAAAAACAAACUUUGAUGUUUAGGCUGACUAAAUGAGCUUGGAUAUUUAUGCUGACUAAAUCAACUUUGAUGUUUAGGCUGACUAAAUGAGCUUGGAUAUUUAUGCUGACUAAAUCAACUUUGAUGUUUAGGCUGACUAAAUGAGCUUGGAUAUUUAUGCUGACUAAAUCAACUUUGAUGUUUAGGCUGACUAAAUGAGCUUGGAUAUUUAUGCUGACUAAAUCAACUUUGAUGUUUAGGCUAAGGAAUGGUGGCAGGUUGAGCAAUACUCUUGCUUAAAGUGUAUCAAUGUUGCAAUUUGUUUUAGACAUUAUCAGAAGUGUUUAUUUUAGUAUCCACAAGUUAAAAUCACUGCAUAGAUUAAAGGUUAAAUGUGUUUGACUAUUAUUAUGAUAAAGAAAAUAUGUGAAUGGAGGCCACAGAGAUUGACUGGUAAAUCAACAUGAAAAAAAAAACUAUUUAUCAUAGAUUUUUAAGUACCAAAUAAAUCUAGUGGUGGCAGAUGUGAUGCUCAACACUCUGGCUGUGAUAUACUUUUUUAAUUUUUGAGUGCUCUUGUUUGAUUGUUAUUUAUGUAUACACAUAACCAGCAAUUCAGCUAAUACAAUCCAUUACCAUUGAUUUGUGUCUGCCAGUGAUUGGUAUUGAACGGUGUUACCCUAAGAUUGAUAUUGAACUGUGUGUCUGCCAGUGUGUCUGUUAUGAUGACUCCUUAGAUUGAUAUUGAACUGUGUGUCUGCCAGUGUGUCUGUUAUGAUGAAUCCUUAGAUUGAUAUUGAACUGUGUGUCUGCCAGUAUGUCUGUUAUGAUGACUCCUUAGAUUGAUAUUGAACUGUGUGUCUGCCAGUGUGUCUGUUAUGAUGACUCCUUAGAUUGAUAUUGAACUGUGUGUCUGCCAGUGUGUCUGUUAUGAUGACUCCUUAGAUUGAUAUUGAACUGUGUGUUUGUCAGUGUGUGUAUUAUGAUGACUCCCUUGAUUGACAUUGAAGUUGGGUAACUGAUCUCUAGUUUUAAGAAACAUUUUUUAGACAAAAGUUUAAUGUAGUUUUUUUUAGUUUUGAUAAAACAGUAAACUAGAGAAUCUUAAAAAUUCUGUUACUUACUUUUAAUUAAAACUAUAAGGACUUCAACACUGGUUCUAUGCAGAUUAGGCAGAUUCAUUUUUUUUUAACUUAAGACUUUUUUUUCCUCCGAAAAGAAAAUGUUUUAUUUAUAGUAACAUUGUUUUCAUUUUCACCUAAUUACUUGAAUUCAAAUUAGUUUUCAAUACUUUAAAUAUGAUUCUAAUCUUCAUGAAUAUAUUUUCUUAACACAAUGUCAUGGUGGAGGCUACCAUCAUAAUCUUGAUUGAACUAAACUGACACAAAUUCUGUGAACUGUUGAAUCCUAUUCACUUUAUUUGUGUGUCUAUCUCAAUGUCACUGUUUAACUAGCUCAAAGCCAUAAAGUCUUUUUCUGGGUUAUCAGCCACCAUCAGUGGGCUUUUUGUUUUUCUUGAGAGGGGGGGGGGGGGGGGUCCCAUUAAUUUUGAUUGGGGUUUCAUUGCAAUUCAUAUUUGUAACAUGGUCUCUGUGUUUUACAUUUUAAACAAAAUUGUCUUUUUUUUUAUUUCUCUUGACAAAAAUGUUUGAAAUAUUUUCAUACUUGUAAUUAUGACAAUUGAUACAAAACUAAUAAGCACACACAUAUUAGAAAAAUGAAUCUCCAAGUGAUAAAACCUUUACUUCAAUUUGUAAUUUAUUACCUUGACAUUCUAUAAUGGGAGUUUCAGUUUUCAUAAUACAGUUGAACUAAGUCCCAAUGUUUGUUGUGGAAGUUUUCAUUGUAGUGAUCCAUCACUUAUAGUGUCUUAUAACAAACACACACACACAAACUUGACAAAAAAAAGAUUUGAGACAAUUAGUUAUAAAAUUGUCUAUCUGCCUAUAUAACUGUCAUCCAUGACUUCUUUUUAUAAAUUAUUGUAUGUAAUGGUAUGUUCAACAAAAGUAUAAAAACAACCACAUUUAUAAUAAACUGUUUUAAUUGGGCAUGUAGUGCACUUAUAAACUUUUGAGUUUCAAAUCAAUAAGCUAAAAUGUUUUCUGAUCAUAACAGCGAACUGUAUGUUGUAUGCUGCAAUGUUAGAGUCUACUAUUUUAACAUUUGAUCACAGGAUAUUUCAUAGUACUUUUGAGCAGGACAAACUGUUACAAUGUAUUGUACAAACUGACCACUGAGGUGCAUAUAUGAGAGCUGUAUGUAUGUGUGUUUGAUGAUUGUGGUUUAUCGGGCACGACAUGGCCUAAAGUGUGCUGAUGUGGUUGAUACCAUUACAUGUCAUAGUUAAUACAUGAAAACUUGUCACUUCAUUCCACUUCAGAAAAUGUCUGAAUUCAGUCCUGGUAGUGAGAUGAUUUCAUUUUAAAUAGUAUAAUGUUUUGAAGGAAAAGAAAUCUGUUGAGCUUUUUGAUUCCAUUAAAACUAGUCAUUAAGA